AUGGAUCCUUCCGCCAAAAUAGCUGCUUCGGCAGCUUCCAUCAUCGAUGGAGACAUUCAGGGUACAGCCAGGCCUAGAAUCGAGCUGACAUUGGCAGACAUCGAUCUAGACUCGUCAGAUAAUGAAGAUGAAGUGCACACAUCAGAAGGACUAAAUGGAAAGGGAGGGCGACGAGAAAGCCCCGCAGCGAGUUUGCAAGAGGGUGGUGGCAACUACAAGUGGGGCAGCGUGUCAGAUAGCGGACCUGAGGGUGCUAAGAUAGUCUGGCAAGACAGGAAACAGGAUGGGGAUCGUCUCACAGAGCCAAAGACUGCUAGCUUGCAAAGCCAAUAUCAGAGUGGCGGUGCCGACACUGCGUCAGCUUUCUCAACAAGGAAACAGGUGGACCAGAAUCAGAUGGCGGGCGUGUACAGAGCUGCCUUGAGGGCAGUGUUUGCUGCACAGGAGGAGAGUGCUAAGCCGAUUGAAGAGUGCUACGCGGCUGCAGAGUUUCUCAGGAGAGCCUUUGGUUUUGACACUAAAGCGCACCAAGAGGCAGUGGUGGAGGUUCAGAACGAGCUCUCCUUCCGCAUACCAGACAUCAAGGCCCGCGUAGCUGCACUCAAAGCGGACGCAGGCCUGCACCUGCCGACCGACUUCGAGAGUUUUGACGCAUACAAAGCCUGGAAGAAGAUCGAGCUCGAAAGUUACGAUUCCAUCCUGCGGAAACAAGAAGCGCUCCCCGGAUUUAUUGGCACACUCUCAGUCGAGGUCCUGUCAGGCAGCGACAUCAAAGCAACCGACUUCACGAUGGGGGGCAUCCUCAAGGACCUGUGCACGUGCAAGGCAGUAAAGGCCAGUAAAUGCGACCCAUACUGUACUGUGACCCUCGUCUCAGACGGGUCAGCGCCGGUCAGGGCCGAAACGAGAGUGGUUAACGACUCGCUCAACCCAGAAUGGAAGGAAAAGCUGCCGGUCUUUCACGCGGCUAGCCUUAAGGACGAGGUUCUGGUCGAGGUUUGGGACUCGGACGACCUAGAUCCGCAGCAUGGGGCGAUGAGCAUCAUGGGAACCAUGAACCGGGUGGCCACUUUACCGGCCACAGCAGUCAAUGCGGCUGGAAAGCUAGCAUCGAGAAAGAUUCGCAAGUCAACGAGGCCAGAGUCGGCCCAGGUGACGGACGACUUCAUCGGCGAGGGAUCCCUCACCUUCCAGGACCUGCUUGCCUCCGGCUCCCCGAAAGGCGCCACUCUAGUCACGGUCCCCUCUAAGAUGGUCGCCCUCCGCGACUGGAAAGGCCGCCCCAUGAAGAGCCAGGUCCAGCUGAAGGUCGUCUGCACUGCAACGCACCACCGCCGCAAGAACGCCGACGGGCGGGAUGCGGCAAGGAUACCGGUGGCUGACGUCGAGAAGGCGUACGAUGCCCUGCUGGCAGUGGCGUGGAAAGAGAACGAAGAUACAGUUGGCGAGUCCUUCUCCUUGAACCAACACUGGUCCGAGAUCCUGCACCUCUUCGAGUCCCACUUCCACAUCCGCGGCGCGCGCUGCUCGCUUGCGAUGCUGGGCGAGCUCGCGCACAGGUACCAGACGGGCCCGCCCUACCUGCGCGCGACGGUCGCGCAGCUGACAGACGUCAGCUACCUCGCGCAAAAGGGGCUGCUGACGAAGCGCGAGAUGGACCUGCACGGGGAGGCCAUCGCGGUUCUGAUGGAGCCCGCCACGAGCACGGUGACGUCAUUCCAGACGGCGUUCCCCCGAAAUGAACCGCCGGCGGCGCUGGAGCUGGUGCUGCAGCUGCUGAGCCUGCUGCUCAAGUGGGAGCUGGACGUCAAGAAGAUUGCCAUCCCCGUCAGGAGCUGGGUCGAGAAGUGCUGCGAGGACCGGUUCAAGGCGCACCUCUUCGCCUCCGACGGCCCCGCGCCCGCCAGCGCGGUGGUCCUCGACCCAGCGUCGCUCGCACGCGCGGCCGCGGCCGUGCAAGCGGAUAUCGCGAACCUGGACGCGCAUUUCGCGCCGUCUUUCCCGGAAGAGGUGGACCUGGUGCCGACAGCCGCGCACGUGUACUACAAGGCGCUGUCGACCGCGGUGAAGAAGUACGUCGAGGCGGCGCCCGGGAAAACUUUCACCCGGGAGCAUAAGGUGGUGGUCCCCAUCCAAGAGCUGCACUUCCUGCCGAACGGCCCUUCGUGCGGCAGCCGCGGCUGGACGUGCAGUCCCGGCCUUCCCUUAGAAUGCAGUCCCCUUCGUUUAAACCUUGAUUUAGGCGACCUCUCUUCCCUGUUCCAGGGCCUGCUGAUCGCCUUCCAGGAGGACCUGGUGGUCGCCUUCCAGGACCUGCACGCGGUGCUGGACGGCCUGGGCGUGCGGCAGCCGCGGCUGGACGUGCAGUCGCUGUUGCACGAGCACAUCGUCGCGUGGAUGGCCGAGACGCGGCCGCGCAUGAUGGACUGGAUCAGCUCCGUUGUGUGCACCGAGAAGUGGGAGCCCGUCUCCGCGGCCAAGAGCGCGCUCUUCAGCUUCUCCAUCAUCGAGCUGUACAUGCUGGUGUACGAGGUGACGGACGAGAUGCACAACCGCGUGCUGCAGCUGGCCUUCGGCCGCGACUACAUGGCGGCCGCCGAGGCCGGGGUCUGCGCCGCCAUCCAGACCUACGCGCAGGUGCUCGAGAAGCUGUGUUUGGAGGAGCUGCCGGUUUCGUUGCCGAGCGAGGAGGAAAAGGGCAUCCUCACAAAGCUCAUGCGCCGGAAGGAGGCCCCGCCGCAGCUCUCCAUCACCAAAAGCCUCUGCGUCAAGCUGAACAACCUAAGCGCGGUACGUACCCAGCAGCAGCAGCUGGAGCACAACCUGGAGAAAAAGUGGACCGAAGCGUACACCCUGCACCGCCAAAAGGCGGCCGUCGAGUCUGGCCCCUCGCGCCGGACUUCCGGGGUCCCGCUUUCCAACCCCAGCGGAACAGCGGAACCGAACGGAGCGCCCACGAACACGAACAAGCGGGAGAGCCAGGGCGAGAUGGCGAAGCGGGUCAGCAUGGAAGAAGGAACAGACGAAGACGAUGAUGAAUUAGGGUUCCCGGACGAAGAACUGGAAUCCGUUUCUAAAUCCGACCCCUCCAGCGGCCGCCCCUCCCUCGACGAGUCGGUCCUAAACCGGUCGUCGAACACGAGCCGGGCGUCCAGCGCGCGGCAGUCGAUCGACGAGGAGCGGCCAGAGGAACUAGAGCGGGGGAAGAGGGAGUCGGGAGGGGCGUUCAUGCCCAGGAUGUGGGCGGUGUUGAACGAGGGGAAGGAAGAGGAUCCGGUCGGGAAAGGGUUUGAGGCGCUCAAAGACUACCUCAGUCAGACGUACGAGGACGUGGUGGGGUCUAUCGUUGAAAACAUACAGAGCCGUAUGCAGAGCGAGGUACAGUACCUCUUCGAGUCGCCGUCCAAGGACAAGGCCCAUGAGGCGCCCGCCACCAUUGAGGAGAGACUCGCACCUCUGACGUCAUACCUGGAUCAGCACCUGAAGAUGAUGAACGACUACCUCAGCGCGCGCGUGUUCCGGCGGGUCCUGAAAGAGAUCUGGAUGGGCCUGCUCUUCUGCAUGGAGGAGUUUGCGCUCAACAAGGAUGAGGAUCCCGAGCCGAUGACGAUGGCUGACUACACCAACAUGCGGGAAGCCCUGCAGGUGCUGUACGACUACUUCAACGGCGGCGGGAGCGGGCUCAAGAAGAGCAAGAUGGAGAAGGCCGCGGCGCGGCUAAACAAAAUCCUUGAGUUGUGGCGCGCGCCCACGCACGAAGUAUGCGCCGAGUACUGGCGGGCUUGGGACCGGUUCAACAGCGAGCACGGAACGAGCGUGGCGGGAAAAAGCGACCGGAGACGUCGGAGCAGCGACUGGGGGGAAGCGCCGGAGACCCCUGCAAAGGCAAGAGCCCACUUACGUCACAAGGACGUCAUCAUUCUGCAGGAGUCCCGUGCCCCGGAUCUUCAGCGGCAGUCCAGCACGGCUAGCGCCGCCUCUUGGGUGGGCCGAGAGGACGAAGCCGAGUUGGAACGAGCGGAAUCCGGCGGAACAGAAGCGGAACUCAAGCUGCCGGAUAUCAUCUGCCUGCUCCGGCAACGGAAGGACGACGAGAUCGCGGAAGACCUGCUGGAGAAACAGGAGGACCUGACCAAAGAUAUCAUGGUGCAAGCGCGCUUUGGGCUGCCCAGAGAAGACAAGAUGGUCGCCGCGUUUCCCUGCAGGAACGCGAAGAAGCUGGCGGGCACGCUGUACGUAACGAAGCAGCACGUGUGCUGGGCGCCUACGCUGCCCGACUCGCGGAAAGCGCACGAGGCGCGGCUCAGCGUCGCGCUCGCGUACGAGAAAAUUGUGCGGCUAGACAACGUGGGCAGCAACCACUUGUGCUUUUACGGCGCCAACCGCAAGCCCGUCCAGUUCAGCAAGUUCGCCGACCGGGGCAUUGUCCUGGCCACCAUUUUCCAGCAAGUCAAAGGGACCGUGGCGCACCUCGAGGGGUACCUGGCUGAGCGGGGAGUCACCGCCGAUGGGGCCUUCGUGCCGCGCACCAAAACGGCCCGGGAGGUCGUCCUUAAAAGGUACAGCUGCUCCAAGCACGGCAUGGUGCACAACCGGGCCGGAACGCUGGUAGCGACACCGACGCUACUCAUCUUUGACCGCCCGGAGAACCCUGAGAAGAACCUGCAGUUCGUGCACGACUCGAUCAAGGACAUCCAGUUCAAGAAGCACGGCAUGCGCGAGAGCCGGGUGUUCCUCGAGCUCAAAACAGGCGAAACGUUUGAGUUCGUCGGUUUUACAAAUCCGCCCAAAGUGACCGCUGAAGAAGUUGCAAACGAGCUGCGAAAGAUCGUCCUCGGCGGGAGAGCCGACGGGAGCUUCCACAAACAGACGCCUUCGUCCCCUGAAUCUGUGAACGGGAUCGGCAGCAGUAGUCGGCGCUUCUGA